AUGGCAAUCGUGCCAGCAAUACCGACAAGCACACCUAUGCACACCAGCACAAGCAACACUCAAGUAGGUGAAACAGCCGCCGAUACUGAAGUGAAUGAUGAAACCGAUGACGAAGCACAAGGGGAUGAAGAUGGUGGGCAAUCAGAAAUCAUGGUACCCCAGCCACCGUAUCUUGGGCAGAGAUUUGAUUCGUUUGAAGACGCAAAGGAAUUCUACCAGACAUAUGCAAAGUUCCAUGGGUUUGCGGUCAACACCGCAUACCAUAGGAAAAUUAAAAAAACUAACAAGUACAGCAGAGGUGAGAUGAGGUGCUACAAGGCACGAAGAAACAAGAAGGGCAAAGGUGAUUGGGUGGUCACUGAAUAUUUUGACGAGCACAACCACGAGCUAAUAAAGAAGUUUGACCUGGUAAAAUUUCUGACCGCCCACAGAGGAUUCACCCCCCUCGAGAAGAAAUUCAUAAAGCUGCUACAUGAUUGUAACGUCAGUCCAUCAAGAAUGGUGCAGAUACUCUCCCUCAUCCACAGCAAAAAGGGGUCUCUGAGUAGCAUGCCCUACCUACCAGCAGACAUCACAAACCUAAAGGCAAAGUACCUUAGAGAAAGCAAGUUGGCUGACAUAGAAGCCACGAUAGCCUACUUCGAUGAGAAAGCGAAAGAAGAUCAAGAUUUCUUCUACAGGAUAAGAUUGGACGAUGAGGACCGUGUCAGGAACAUGUAUUGGUUCGAAUGCGGGCUCGUUCGGAAUGAAGACACGGAUGGGUACGUUUGGCUGUUCAAGACCUUCUUGGAGUGCAUGGGUGGACUUGCUCCGAUGAACAUAAUAACAUACCAGGAUUUUAGCAUGCGUGCAGGCAUAGAGGAGGUAUUUCCGUUGGCAGUGCACAGGCACUGCAGGUGGCACAUUAUAAAGAAGGCUGAGGAGACACUAGGAUCGUUCUUUGCUGACCGUCCAGACCUGCAUAAGGCAUUCGAGCUGUGCGUGGACCACAGCUUGACGGUGGAGGAGUUUGAAAGGAGCUGGAUGGCUAUGAUUGAAACAUAUCAAGUCCAAGACCACGAGACGCUUGCUAGCUUGUGGGAAAAGCGAAUGUACUGGGUGCCGGCCUACUUCAUGCAGUGCUUCUUCCCGUUUCUGCAGACUACACAGCACAACGAGGGGUUCAAUGCUGUUUUGAAGCGGUACGUGAGCCCUGGCAACUCAUUGCUACAGUUUGCCAAGCAGUACACCGCUUUGCAACAAAAAAUACUGGGAUCCGAGCUACAGCAAGAAGCAAACACCGCGCUCAAGCAGCCAAAAUUGCUAACGUAUUUACCAAUGGAGAGGCAGAUGAGCAAGAUAUACACCAACACGAUUUUUAACAAGUCAGUCAGUUCUGUUACAAUCUUAUUUGCACAAAUCAUGAAGGUACCAGGUGCCAUGUAG